AUGAUGAACUUGCACUGGCUCAUAUUGUUCUUUGUUCUUGUGACUACUUGCGCACAAGGUGCCCUCCCAGCUACACCUCUAUUCUUUCGUGGACUAUGGUGUGUAGCAAAAUGGUCAAGUACGACUCAAUCAUAUACACAAACUGGUCAAGCUUUCUUUUACAAUAAUGGUACAUUCACAAUGAACUAUCUUGACAACCCUUCGUCGACUUGGGUCAAUCAUUUCACGGCAGUGAAUAAUACCGAUGGUGCUGGUGGAACAUAUCAAUUUCUGACAGUUACAACAAAAGGUCCUUCUGAACUUGUCAACAAAACAUUGUGCUAUUGGCGACGAAAGAUUUCCAAUACUGAAGUGCUCUUUGGCCGGCAAUCAAAUGGUACUUGCACUUCAACAUUUGAAAAUGAUACAUCAACAGAUGCACUGCGAUACACGCGAACACCAACAACUUGUCGUUAUAUCGAUGAUGAAAAUACCAAUCUGGUCAUAUCGGGCAGUUCCUUCGAAGUAGGAACACUUCUUCCAUACGAUCGAAAUUUAGCAACCGCCGUACGCGAAGCUGUGGUGUUCUAUGGAAGUUCAUCGAUUGUUAAAUGGACAACAUUAGCAACAGAUUUUCCUGACUACACAACACUCAAUCGAGGCUUUGGUGGAUCGACAUUACUUCAAUGUUACCAACAAUUCAAACGUAUUGUUCAACCAUUAGAGCCAAGCAUCUUCAUCAUUUAUGCAGGUGAAAACGAUAUUGCCGGUGGAACAACACCAGUUACAUUACAAACAGUCUUCCGACAGUUCGUUCCAUUGAUUCGUCGCUUCUAUCAUAAUACACCGAUUGCUUACAUCUCAUUGAAGCCAAGUCCAUCGCGCGUUAGCAAAAUGAGUCAAAUGAACGAUGCAAAUAAUCGUAUUCGGCAAGACAUUAACUUACUAUUUCCUGGUGUGACGUUCAUCGAUAUCUGGCCUGAUAUGUUGCUUCCUAAUGGACAACCAAAUCCUGACUUAUUCGUUGCCGAUCAGUUACAUAUGAAUAGCAAAGGUUAUGCUAUCUGGACAAAAGCAGUUAGCGCUUAUUUAGAAUCAGUAUUUGCGAAAAAAUAA